UACCUCUCUUCUGUAAAGUUCCAAAAAUACUGGCGCUGGUUCUCUGGGUGUGUGACAUGUGUACUGUACAUCUCUGCUUACCGUGAGAGUGGAGGACUGAAAUUACUAUACUUCCUAUCUUCUAAAAGUCCUGCAUCAUCCCCUUGACCUCCUUCACUUUUGUUUUGUGUGAACUGUUAGUUCAAUUUGUCCUCUCUCUUUCCUGCUCAGGGAAUGCAGCCAUUCAAACAAACUGUCUGUUCUCUACUUAUAGUGUAAGCAAACAGAGCAGUGUUUGUCUCCAGUCUCUGCAAUGCUACUGGGACUACUGAAUGAUCGGCUAUUUGUAUUUUAAAUUGAACCUUUAUUUAUAUAUAUAGAACACGGCUUAUGUGACAGACAUGGAUUUGGACCUGGGAGGGAUAUUUCUAGAGAAUAGCACCUAUAGCUACGAUGGGGACUAUGUUUAUAAAGAGGAAUGCUCCCCUGAAGAUGGCGUUGGAGUGCGUUUUGGCACGGUGUUCCUCCCAAUGCUCUACUCCCUGACGCUGGUCCUGGGGCUAGUGGGUAACGUGCUGGUCCUGGUGGUUCUGGUCCAGAGGAGGCGGAGCUGGAGCGUGAUGGACACCUUCAUCCUGCACCUGGGCUUGGCCGACACCCUGCUGCUGGUCACCCUGCCCCUCUGGGCUGUUCAGGCCACUGGGGAAUGGAGCUUCGGGACCCCCCUCUGCAAGAUCACUGGAGCCAUGUUCACAAUCAACUUCUACUGUAGCAUCUUCCUGCUGGCCUGCAUCAGUCUGGAAGCCCUGGAUGGUGCAAGCCUGUCCGUGCACUUCCUGGAGUCUGUGAGGGACACCAGUCAAGACAAACAGAAGUGUGUCCACAAUUACCCGUCUCUCUCCCAGUCUGGGUUUGACUGGCGUCUGGCCUCCCGCCUGCUCUACCAUACAGUGGGCUUCCUCCUCCCCUCUGCCGUGCUGCUCUUCUGCUACUCUUGCAUCCUGCUGCAGCGUGGCUCCCAGGGCCUCCAGAAGCAGAGGGCCGGCCGGGUCAUCCUGGCCCUGGUGCUGGUCUUCUUCCUCUGCUGGACGCCCUACAACAUCACCCUAAUGGUGGACACCUUUCAGGGGAGGCCUGGGGAGCCUGUUUCUGGGUCCUGUGAGAACGGGAGGACAGCUGUCGAGAACAGUCUGGUGGUUACGUUCGCUCUAGCCUGCCUGCACGCUUGCCUCAACCCAGUGCUCCAUCUCAGACUGUGUAGAAACUUCCGGCGACUGGAUAUGGUGAAGUGUGUUGAGGGGGUGCAGAACGAUCCGAAACUCUCACUAUGGGAUUCAGGUGUGUUUGAAGACUCACCUGACCAAGCAGAGGAGAAGGGUACGUUGAACCCAAUGACAACCAUGGGACAGGUACAGUCCACCCAGAGCUGA